AACGUCAAUUGAUGACAGCUGCUUACCUUCAAAUGUAUUGCUUUGUUGAAAUAAUAGUCUUCCUGUUCAUUCAGGUACACAGAGAAGGAAGCGAAGGGUUCUGGACACUUCGUCUUCAUACGUCAGAGGAGAAGAGAACUUGGGAACUUGGCGACCACGUAGCGACUCGCUUAUAUUCGAACACCAGUGGGAACUGGAGAAGUUGACUCGUCUGCAGCAGGUCGAGCGCAUGCGAUUGUUUCUUCGGAUUCGCCAACGCUUAAAGCAUUGCCAGAACGAUCAGCUGGUACCCGGUGAGUGCUUAGUCAAGACCCCGGUGUCGCCGUGCGAACCCAAGUGCAUCGUUCCUGAACACGUCGAGCUGACCGAUAGAGAGAAAGCGAUUGCGUACAAAACGCUGGCUCUGAUCAAGCAGCGCAUUCCUGUUAACAAGGAGCCGCCAACUGGCUCAAAAGCAAACGAGACCGUCGACGAAGGAAUUACGUCAAUGACCGAAAGUACAACGUCGACUGCGAUUUUGGACGGAUCUUCGGUUAAAAAGGUCUCAAAUGCAUUUGCAAGCAUUGGAUCACCAAGCGUAGAAUUUCUGUCGAAGAUUAAGUCGCGUUCCAUCGAUGAUUUGCGGAUUCUUUGUGUUUCGAACGAAGCGGAAGGAAUCAAAAAGUCGUUGAGCUACGGCAAACUUCAUUCUGUCGGAUUGUACAUUCCUGAGGUAUUGGAACAACGAAUCGGCACCACUAUAUCGAAGAAGGGUUUUAUGAACUUUUUGGAAGAAAAGAACCGCGGAUGGAUCAAACGUUGGGCGGUGAGUAUCAUGUUAUUCUAA